AUGUCGUACGAGGACAAGUACGAGACGCUGGAGAAGAUUGGCCAUGGCUCCUUUGGCAUCAUCCGCAAAGUCCGCCGCAAGGCCGACGGCUUCAUCAUGUGCCGCAAGGAAAUCUCGUACCUUCGCAUGUCGCAAAAGGAGCGCGAGCAGCUCCACGCCGAGUUCCAGAUCCUGUCCCAUCUCCGACACCCGCACAUCGUCGCAUACUACCACCGCGAGCACCUCAAGGCGAGCCAGGACCUGCAUCUAUACAUGGAAUACUGCGGCAACGGCGACCUGGGCCGCGUCAUCAAGGACCUGCAGUUGAAGGGCCAGAGAGCCCAGGAGAGCUUCGUCUGGAGCAUCUUUAGCCAGCUGGUUCUGGCCCUGUAUCGCUGUCAUUACGGCAUCGACCCUCCGGAGGUCGGCGGCAAUGUCUUGGGCGCAGCGGCCGGAAUGGCUCCCAAGACACCAGCCGGAGCUAUAACGAUUCUACACCGAGACUUGAAACCUGAAAAUAUCUUCCUCGGUGAGGACAAUUCCGUCAAGCUGGGCGACUUUGGCUUGUCCAAGAUGAUCAAGUCGCAAGAUUUCGCUUCCACCUACGUCGGUACUCCGUUCUACAUGUCGCCCGAGAUUUGCGCCGCCGAAAAAUACACACUCAAGUCCGAUAUUUGGUCGCUGGGGUGCAUCAUCUACGAGCUCUGCGCUCGCGAGCCGCCCUUCAACGCAAAGUCGCACUACCAGCUGGUCCAGAAGAUCAAAGACGGCAAAAUCAACCCCCUGCCGGACAUGUACUCCCCCGAACUCAACCAAGUCAUCAAGGACUGCCUCAAAGUCAACCCGGAUAGGAGACCGGAUACUGCGCAGCUGCUUAACUUGCCGGUUGUGCGGCUCAUGCGGAAGGAGAAAGAGGUGGUUGACCUGAACAAGGCGCUCAAGGCGCGCGAGGAGAUUCUUCGCGAAAAAGAGACGGAGCUGAACUUGAGACUAGUGAACCUGGACAAGGACAAGCACCUGAUACGAGAGGAGCUUGAUGCGUCUAUCCGAAGAGAGUGGGAAGUCAAGGCCCGGCUAGAAAUCGACCGCCACAUUAGUAUCGAGGUGGAGAAGCUCAAGAAGCAGUUUGAUGAAGAAGUCAGGAAGCACGUGGAGAGAGAGCUGCAGAGCCGCCGUAAGAGGACUCCGUCGCCGCCGACAAGACAAGUUCAAGUUCAGGUUCCAGUCCAGGCCGAUUCUCCCCCUGCAAAAUCGGAACACGCGCACACGUCCUCUGCUGAUGGAAGCGGCGACGAGUUCCCUUCCACCACCGAUAUCACCGAGCUCUCUUACUCAAAUGAGAGCCCCGACAUCAGCAAGGAAAUCAAGCGGACGGCACGGACGCCAUAUACCAGAGCGCAGACGUUCGCCGGCCAAGUGAGCACCCCUAUGGACAUUGAGAUGACUUCACCCGGCGCCAUGGCCAUCGCAACGCUAUCACUAUCCCCACGCCGCCACGGAAACACGAAGGCGCGAACGCAUCAAGGUAAUAUCUUUAUUGCGAAUGCGACGACGACAUCCAAUCCCGAGAAGUGGGAGAGAGAGGGCGCCAGCCUGGAUUCGGACGACGAAGACAUCACGCCGCCCUCUCCGACGCGACACCGGUCCUCUAGGAAUCCCUUUACCAGCAAGAACCGGCCGAUCCUCAGUUUGAGCUCACAGAAGACAUCAAGUGUUGCCGCCCGCAUUAGGACCAGCGGCGCCAGCUCGAGCGGCUUCGUGUCCAAGCAGGCUGCUGUGCCACCGGCGCAGACGAGCAGCCGUACGCGCUCUCCAGCCAGCCGGUUGACUAAGAUUCCCUCCGUUGCCAACCUGGGGCUGCAAAAUACGGUCAGCGAGACUAACACUCCCUCGCCGAUAUCGUCAUCCUCGUCAUCCUCGUUGUUGGGCCAUUCCCGCAAGUUGUCCUCUAGGAAGGACGCAUCCGAUACGCUCAGCAAGGCGACUAAGAGCAACCUUAAGGGCCGGACGCUCGUCGAAUUGCAGCAGGCACGCGCAGGAGGCCGGCCCAUGAGCGUCUCGAGCGCGCCGGUGGGCGAGAAUGUGAGUCCUAAGAGAUCCAGAACCUCGACAUACCGGGAGCGCGUGGUCAACUCCGGAUACGCCGAGCCGGUGGCCGUGUGGAACCCGGAUGUGGAUGAGAUGCCGAGUCCGUUCCUGGACCGGCGCCGCAUUGCGAGGGUUUAG